UAAAACAAAUGAUGCUUUUUCCAUUCCAGGUCAUCCAGCAUUAUGAGUCAGCGGACAGAGCGCCGGGGCAUACACGUGGACCAAUCAGACCUGCUGUGCAAAAAGGGAUGUGGUUACUAUGGGAACGCAGCGUGGCAGGGGCUGUGCUCCAAGUGCUGGCGGGAGGAGUACCAGCGGGUGCGGCAGAAGCAGAUCCAGGACGACUGGGCCUUGGCAGAAAAGUUGCAGAGAGAAGAGGAGGAGGCGUAUGCCAGCAGUCACGCCGUCCACUCCCAGUCCGCUCCAGGACACGCCUCCCUCACCCCCUUCUCCAAGUUUGAGGAGAAGAAAACCAACGAGAAAACUCGAAAAGUGACGACCGUGAAGAAGUUCUUCAGCCCUUCGUCACGAACUGCCUCCAAGAAAGAAACUCAGGAAGGAAAGACACCAAGUCCAUCGAUCAGCCGCCACGCAAGCUUUGAUACGGACCAGGUGUCUAAAGACUUUGUGGAGUUCUUGAAAAACCUUUAUAAACCCGGCCGGGAGAUCCACAAGCAAUGCCGGGCCUUUCUUGUGAGCAUGUCAAACAAGAAGGACCUGGGUGCAGACGAGCUGUCAGAGUGCGUUCAGGAUUUCUACCAGAGCUUGGCCGACCGCUUGAUUAGUCACUUUAAAGGCUCCUCUGAAUCGGUGGAGCAGGUGAUGGACCAGGUGGAGAAGUACAUCAUGACCCGGCUUUAUAAGAGUGUCUUCUGUCCAGAAACAACGGAUGAUGAGAAGAAGGAUCUGGCCACACAGAAGAGAAUAAGGGCUUUGCACUGGGUGACCAUCCAGAUGCUGUGUGUGUCCAUGGAUGAAGAAAUCCCCGAAGUCUCUGAGAAUGUGGUCAAAGCCAUAACAGACGUCAUUGAGAUGGACUCUAAGAGGGUUCCCCGGGAUAAGCUUGCCUGCAUCACACGCUGCAGUAAACACAUCUUCAGUGCCAUCAGGAUCACUAAAAAUGAGCCGGCCUCCGCCGACGACUUUCUCCCUGCACUCAUUUACAUCGUGCUGAAGGCUAACCCUCCACGGCUACAGUCCAACAUCCAAUACAUUACACGAUUCUGCAACCCCAGCAGGCUGAUGACCGGGGAGGAUGGAUACUACUUUACCAACCUGUGCUGUGCAGUGGCCUUUAUCGAGAAGCUAGACGCUCAGUCUCUCAACCUUUCCCCAGAGGAGUUUGAGCGCUACAUGUCGGGUCAAGCUUCGCCCAGAUUUAGCAGCUCAGAGGGGACGUGGCCCGACAGUUCUCAGGGAGUCGGCACGGCCGUCACCAACCCCGUUCUGGCCCAGCUCAACACCAAUCUGGAACUGCUGUCGGGUCUCUGCAGCCGACAGGAGGCUGUGAUGGAGGCAGCCAAGAGCCUCCAGAGCGAAUUCCUCUCCUGGACUCAGAGUGUUCAGCGGGAGGUGAACGACAUCCUGGAGAAAUAUCCUCUGGAGAUUAAGUCCUCCAAGGUUUCCGCCAUUGAUGCCAACAAUGUUGACAAUGAAAACCUGCCGUCGCUCAUUAAACCUCAGGUGUUUGCUGGUUAGAGUUUGCAGAGGAUGGAGUAACAUUUC